AUGCCACAAGAAGUGCGUUUUUUCGUUUUAGUAUUCUUUGUAGUUUCUUUGAAUCAUGUGGCAGCAAGUUCGGCAACAUCAAGCUACUAUGACUAUCCAAGGAGAUUAUUAGAUUACAUCCGAGUGCCAUCCUUUAAUACCACUUCGAAGGUCACACAUACAGCAGCUUCCAAGCUGAGACCAUAUUCGAACCAAGGAGCGCAUCAAAUAGGACACUAUUGUGCAUAUCAAUCAAGCGAAGCCAAAUAUGCUGGUGCUAUAGCGACUAUGGAUGUCUAUGCUUUUCCAAAUUUAAAGAAGGGUGAAUCAGUUGGUUCCCAGAUCUGGGUAGCUGACGGCAAUAGGGAAACCCAAGUUAUAGCUGGAUGGGAGGUUAAACCUGAACGAUAUGGUGAUAGCAAAACACAUUUUUUUACCUACUGGAUGCUACCAUUACUCCAGGAGAUACAUUGGAGCCAUCUAGUGGACAAAUCAGAAUUACAGUGA